CCUUUUUGUAUUUUGACUUUAAAAAUGACUGCUUUAGUUAUGGAUGUAUAUGAUGGACAUUUACAGAAAAAAUCAGAGUCACAGCAACAGUCAAAAACAGCUAUAACGGACAAACCAAAUUUAUUGGAAAUUGCAGCUUUUGUUUUCUUCUUUAGUGGAACGCUUACAGGCCCUCAUUUUUCUUUAAAACGCUUUAGAGAAUUUGUUAAGGGGGAUUAUUUGGAUAAAGAAAGGAAUGAAGUUAGACAAUCCAGUAUAAUGGCAAGUCUUCAACGUUUUGUUGUUGGUGUAUUUUUUGCUGUUUUGUAUAAAUGGGGGACAGUUUGGGUGCCUGACAGUUAUUUUAAUUCUCCUGAAUUUCUGGUAUAA